AUGGAGAAUCCAAUUCUUCAUCCCUUUGUCUUCCUCUACCAGCUUAUGCAGUGGUUUAUCGAUAAGCUUCUAUCUCCAAAUCCUCCGCAACCAGGAGACACCCUGGGUAGACCCAAAAUUGCUAUUAUUGGUGCUGGUCUGACGGGUGUUUCUGCGGCUUCUCAUUGUGUUGGUCAUGGGUUUGAUGUGCAGAUUUUCGAGGCUGGUCCGAGAAAACAACUAGGUGUGAAACAGCGAGUAAAUAAUACUUCCGGGCUUCAAAUCCACUCCAUUAUGUAUCGUUUCCAUCCAUCCGUUCAAUGGAAUGGUGGAUACCCCAACCGCCAACAAAUUGUCUCGCAGAUUACAGAGCUUUGGAAACGGUAUGGCCUCGAGAAGAAAACCAAGUUCGAUACCAAAGUUGAGAAAGUCUACCAAGAUGACAAGGGACGUUGGAUCAUAAAUGAUCCAUCACAAGGACGUUUUGAGGGCAUCAUUGCAGCUGUCGGAACAUGUGGCGAUGCAAAGAUGCCCCAUAUGUCUGGUAUGGAUAAAUUCAAGGGGGAGAUCUACCAUUCGUCUGAUUUGACAGGGAAAGAGUCGAAGGGAAAGAAAAUGAUCAUUAUUGGCGGAGGAGCAAGCGCUGUGGAAGCCUUGGAGUUUGCUUCCCAUGAAGACGCAGACAAGACUUAUAUCCUUGCGAGAUCUGACAAGUGGAUCAUUCCCCGGAACCCAAUCAUCGAUGCCUUGCUCUCAUUCAACAUUUUCGGCGGCGAGACUAUCUUCUCCUGGAUCCCGGAACUUCUACUUAAAAAGUUUUUCUACCGCGACCUCGAAGACCUAGCCCCUACCGACAAAGGACUCUUUACUGGCACCCCAAUGGUCAACUCCGACGUGAUGGACAAGAUCCGUUCCGGCAAAGCUGAAUGGCUGCGGGGUGACAUCAAGGGCUUCACAGAAGAAGGCGUAAAGUUCAACAUCCGAGCUAAAUGCGUCCCAGCCGGCGGGCCUGGCCACGAAAAGGUCAUCAAGGGCGACAUGGUUGUAAUGGCCACUGGCUUCGACCGUCCAUCGCUGGCCUUCCUCCCUGACGACAACUUCGUGGACCCCUACUCUCCACCCAACUGGUAUUUGCAAACCUUCCCUCCUGCUCACCCCAGCGUCUGUUGCAACAACUGCACCUACGUCAACGCCAUCGGCAGUGUCGGGAACUGGCACAUUGGGAUCUACACCAGGAUCUUGCUCAUGUUCCUCUCUGACCCUCUUACGCGCCCCAGUUCCUUCUGGAUGCAACGCUGGAUCGACAUGACGCGCGUCCUGAAGAAGUUCGCUCCUACUGGCGCCUUUGAUUUCUUCACGUACUUGGAACUGGUAUGGUGGUUUACGUUCUGCAUUGCAAUUAACCCGUUCAGAUGGAAGUGGGCGCUCUUCGUCUUCUUUGGUAUCGGACAAGGUCUGCCGAGACGCGUUGUAGAUGCUGAGGAUCAUAUCAGGAAUGGAGUUGGGGAGAAGGGGGGAAAUUAUGAUGUGGGGAAUAGCUUGUAA